AUGGACGGCGGCCAUGGAUUGCACAACAAAAACUUAUACGAUGAUGAUGAUGAUGGAGUCAUUCAUCAACAUGCGCAAGGUCAUAAUUAUGAGUCAUAUCACGUGCUUCUGGAGGGUCCAGCUGCAAAUAAUGUGACAGAUGAUGGACCAUAUGAAUUCAUCUACCAGAACCUACCACAAAGACAUAUAUUGAGAAAUGUCCAUGAUUGCAAUUACUAUGGUGCGAUGAGGUUUCAGUAUGAGACACCCGGGUGUUGUUGUAGAAAAGGAAAAGUACAAAUACAUAUACCAGAGGUUCCUACGGAGCUGAAAAGGUUAUUCACAAGUCAAGUGCAUGAUGAUGCAAAAUAUUUCAGGAAACAUAUACGUUAUCUCAACUCGCAUUUCGCCUUCGCAAGUCUAGGGGUUACCCUUGACCGCAGAUAUAACAGUCCAGCUGGGACCGGUGGCCACGGCGCUCGGCAUCUGCAGCUCUACUUUUAUGAUACAAAAGAUGAGGCCUUGUCACAUAGAGUCAAAAGGUCCCCUGAUCUUGAUAUCAACCUCAUCUGGAAUGUUCUUGCAAUUUUGCAAGAUAACCCAUAUGUUCAUACUUUUAGGAGAAAUGGUGCUUUUCCAAACUUGGAUGACUACCGGAUUGAACUCAAUACAAAUAUCACGCCUGACCAGAGAAGGUACAAUGCCUCAACGGCGUCCCAAGUUGCUGCUAUUUGGAUGGAAGGGAACGAUCCAUAG